AUGCGCGCCAAGGGCGUUUCUCUUGGUGGCAGUGCCAACUGGCUAAACAACUUUGCCGUUGGAAUCUCAACCUCGCCUUUCAUUAAGACGUCCCAAUUCGGCGCUUUCAUCUUCUUCGGUUGUGUGACCGUCGUGGCCGCGCUCUGGGUAUACUUUCUGCUGCCUGAGACCAAGGGCCUGACUUUGGAAGAGAUGGAUGAACUGUUUGGAGAUGCCGGGUUCGCCGAGGCUGAUCUGGCGCUCAAGGCAAAGAUCGAGAGGGACAUUGGCCUCACGGCUCUCUUGUAUGGAGACCAUGAGCCGAUGAUGACGGAGAAGGCCGAUACGAAAGGCAAGGGUGAGGAGAUGGAGUUCAAGGAGGAUACAAAGAGCAUCAGUCUGUGA